AUGGAUGGAUAUUCGGUUACAUGGAUAAAUACAGAUGGAAAAGAAAAGGGAGGUAAAUCUGUAUGUGUUUACAAUGGUAAUGGGAAAGUGCCUUUGUUAUGUGCUGCUGGUGCUUUUGUUGGAUUAGCACUUGCUUUGGUUAUAGAGCAUACAUACAUGUUGAUAGCUGUGAGUAAAUCAUCACCUUCUUUGAUUAAUUGGGAUCCUGAUUCUCCUUCUGCCAAAUCCUUAACAUGGUUGGCUGGUUUUUUCUUCAUUACAACUUGGAUUUGUUUUGCAGUUGCAGAGAUAUUAUUAUUAGCAGGACUAAGUGUAGAGUCAGGACAUUUAAAAAAGUGGUGGAAACCAAGAACAGGUUGCUAUAGCAUUAGAGAAGGUUUGUUCUCAUCUGCAGGAGUGUUUAGUUUAACAACAGUUUUCUUAGCUGCUGGUUUAUACCUAACAGCACUUCGUGCACAAAGAAUGUCAGAGGAACUAGCACAUGUUCGAAGAGAGGUUCUUGAAGCUUCUACCUUCUAUGCUUCUCCACCAAGAUCACCUCAAAGACAUAAUAAUAAUAAUAAU